AUGGUACUACCAAGCUUCAUCUGCACCAAUAGCACCAAGAAUAUGCUUGUUAAAAUUGUUCAUCCCGGAGGUCACGUAGAGCUCCAUGAUAGGCCUGUUCUUGCAGAAGAGGUCAUGCUUCGUAACCCAAGAUGCAUAGUCGCCUAUCCGCAUGUGUUCCGGCAGCCUUGGGCUAUUGUUGCACCAGACACCAUGCUACUGCUUGGUCAGAAGUUCUAUGUCGUUCCUAUAAACACAAUCAGAAAGCUUCAGCGUAGGUCCAACACAAGAUCUCAAUCUCCAAUCAAUGAUGUCCGAGCCAGCAAGACCCCUAACAACGAUGAAAGGGGCAGUGAUAUCUCAUCCAAUUGCUGGUAUUUUAUUAGCAAGAACAUGAAGUCACCGUGUCCUUGCUUACACAGAGACGACGAUGAGAGAGCAAACACCACUGGAACUAACAUCGAUAGUAAAGCCAACACUCUUAAUACAAGUGAAGAAACAAAAUCAUCAGGCAGCAUAGGGUGUUCUGAGUCCAAGGAUUGUACCAGGAAGAGAAGAAAGCAGAUGACAACAGGAUCACCCAACAGAUUUACAUCUCUUGAUCAGUGGCAACCAAAUCUAGACAGCAUUGUCGAAGAACAUCAAAGCAAAUAG